AUGGCGGCGCAAGGGAACUCCAGCCCGGACUGCCUGUACGAUGCUGUGGUGGUGGGAGCAGGGAUCCAGGGCAGCUUCACGGCAUAUCACCUUGCCAAGCGCGGGCAGAAGACCCUCCUGCUGGAGCAGUUCCCUCUGCCCCACACUCGAGGAAGCUCCCAUGGGCAGAGCCGCAUCAUCCGUAGCGCCUAUCCCGAGGACCACUACGUGGCCAUGGUGAAAGAGGCGUAUCGGCAGUGGGAAGAGCUGGAGGCCAAGAGUGGUACCCCACUCCGCAGACCAACCCCGAUGGUAAUUCUGGGGCAGCAGCAGAACCCUGAGUUCCAGAGCUACUGGCAAGCAAUGCAGCGCCUCCAUGUCCCUUGAGCAGUCUCACUUCUCAAGCUCCUAGCUCCAAAAAGUACUCAACCAAUCCCAUCUCACGCUGGGGAGAUGGCUGUGACUGACCUGACUGCAGGUGUGCUGUUCCCUGACAAGGCACUGCAAGCUAUCCAGGAGCAGUUCCGGCGCAGUGGAGGAACGGUGCAAGACGGUGCCAAAGUCCUUGGCAUCCUUCCUGGGAAUGUGGUCACUAUAGCAACCACCCGAGGGGAGUACCAGGCUAAACGCCUGGUGGUCACGGAAGGCUGACCUUAUGGGACUAGUCGCCUCCUUGACUCCCCACUGGGAAUCGAGAGCUGCUCUCCAGGUAAUGUAGACUCCAUCCACCUUCUGACUGGUGGCAAAAGGAGUCCCACCCUCCUCUUUGCCUGCCCUCACAGUCAGCUACAAGUACAUCCACGUCUGCUACUGGCGAGGCAAAAGGGGGCCCCUCGCACUGCAGUGACCGACGGAGGUACCCUGGCUUCAGCCAGACUCUCCUCUUCCCUUCUCCAGAUAUGUUAUCACGAUGGAAGCCCUGUGGAUCCCGAUCGACCAGAUCAACCGGACCAGGCCUCUGCCAUGCCUGACCUCCAGAUCCUCCAGGAUUUUAUGAGGAACUAUCUCCCGGGGCUCGAUCCCCAGCCAGUGGUGCAGGAAAGGUGCUUGUAUACGAACACGCCCGAUGAGGACUUCGUUUUAGAUCGGCACCCGCAGUUUAGCAACAUCAUCAUUGGGGCGGGAUUCUCAGGCCAUGGGUUCAAAUUUGCCCCUGUCAUCGGAGAGAUCCUUUGCCAGCUGAGCCUGGGGGAAGAGCCCCCCUAUAACCUGGCUCCCUUCCGGAUAUGCCGUUUCCCAGUCUCCUCCAAAUCCACCCUGUGAAGGCCACUGCCUCCAGUAGGACAACGAACCAGUAUUGGGGCCCGAUCUACAUUUUUUUUAGGAGGGGCAAAAGUACAAAAUGACACGCACACCCUCACUUGUUCUUUGAAUAUACGCAUAUACUCAAAACACAUAACCCACAGUUCUUUUGAAUGAUAUAAUAAAGGAUGUUGACCUUAGCGAACAGGUCAUGAAUAAUUAAUUUUAAAAUUUUUAACCUAUAAUGUUGGGAUGUUCCCUCAAACCU